AUGUCAGGAGAAUUUAACGGCGUUCAAGCCAUAAUUCUGAAUGAUUUUGAAGAGUUAUUUGAACAAGUUAUAGAAUCAUUAAACUUUAUAUCUGAGUGGAAAGAUGUUGAGACUUCUUCGCAUGCCAGUAAUCUGUGUAGUGCUAUAUUAGAAGGGGGAUUUAUUAUUUCUAUGCUUAUAGUAGCUAAAUGCUUUAGUGUUGGUCUUCCUUUAUCGAAACAUCUUCAGCGGGUUAGUAUUGACCUUGGCGAAGCGAUCCAAUUAGCGGAGGAUACAAUAAAAGAACUUGAAGAUUUUCGAAAAAAUGCUGAUUCUAUUUUCCAAGACAUUUUUGAAAAUGCUGUUUCUCUUGGUAAUAAAUUUGGUAUUACUAUAAGUAUCCCUAGAACUACGAAAAGACAAGCAAACCGUGUAAAUGUUGAAACUGAUUCAAUUGAAGUAUAUUAUAGAAUCGCUAUAUUUAUACCUUAUAUUGAAACAUUUAUUGAGCAAUUGAAAGUUCGAUUUACCAGCCAUAAAGCUAUUUUAGUUAAUUUUAAUUCACUCAUAAGUCUUAAUACGGAUGAAAACCAUUUUUUGUCAUUAACUGAAACAUACAUGGAAGAUCUUUCUUCGUCCUCCAAGACAGUAUUAUUAUCGGAGUAUAAUUUGUGGCAAAGACGACUGAGAAAUUUAGAAACUUCUAACUAUAGAAACGCAAUGGAAGCUUUGUCUGUAUGUAAUCCAGAAAUAUACCCAAAUAUAUUUAAAUUGUUAACAAUUUUUGCGACACUCCCAGUUUCAACUGCACAGAACGAAAGAUCAUUUUCAUCACUUAAAAAGAUAAAGACUUAUUUACGUAAUAGUGUAAUACUAUGGGCCAAGAACAUUGAAAGUAAGCAAGUAUUGGACGAAUUGGCUGUAAAAAAAAGACGUCUACCUUUAAUACUGUGGGGUUAA